AUGGAAUCUGGCUCUGGUGGACUUCGCUAUUUUAGCGGAGAAGAGAGCGACCACCGCGAGUCUCGUCGGUGGAAGCAAUGGGUGCAGAACAAGAUGAGAACGAUGGACAAGCUGACAGAGGAAGCGAAGGGUUCCUUCAUCUGGACGCUUUUGUCCGGUCGUGCUUUAGAAGUGGUGGAGCACCUCCGAGAAGGAGAUUAUCAAGUCAAAGGCGGCGACAAGGUGUUGUUCGAUUUGCUUGACCGGCGUUGGCCGGAGCUGGACCGGACAGACGAGAUUGGAGAGAACAUUGCUGCUGUGUUCGCCCUCAAGGCGAAGGAAGGCGAAUCUCUUCGCCAGUGGUGCGCUCGCUCACGCGAGUGCUUCGACCGCUGUGCCCGGAAGACCGGGGUGAAGUUUCCAGAGGAGGCUCGUGGUUGGAUCCUCCUCAACUGCUCUGGGAUGUCUGAAGGUGAUCGUGCAGUUUGUUUGGCUCGGGCCCAAGGGGACCUGAAGUUUGACACUUUGUCUCAAGCAAUGCGUUCCUGCUUCCCUGAGUAUGUGGUGGCGAAGAAACGUUUCAAUGCCGCUCACCUCGUGGAAGACCCAGCUGUUGAGCCACAAGACCCAGUCGAGGAGUCGUUCAAGGACGUGGAGUUGUUCCUGACCGAACACGGCCUGGCUGGUGAGUAUGAGGGAGUUGAUCCCGUUGAUGGAGAUGAAUAUGAUGAAGAGGAAGCCGCUGAGAUUUUGGCUGCCACUUGGCGUGAACGCCGAGCUGAACUCAAUCAGGUGCAAAAAGGACGAAAGUUCCACUCUCAUGACAAAAGGGGGACAUCGUCAUCAGCUGCAUCUGGCAAGGAGUUUCGACGCUCCUUUCGAGUUCAAGUUGAGGAGCUCAAACAGCGCACUCGCUGUAGACGGUGCGGGAAGAUUGGACAUUGGCAGCGUGAAUGCAAGUCCCAAGGGGCUUCUACAUCCGGCUCAACCCCUGCAACCAGUCAUGCUGCAGGUACAGUGGAACAUGUGCAUGAGAUGCCGGAGCAUUUUGUAUGUACAGCUGCCUCCGUGAACCUGCCGUCUCACGAGGUCCUUCUGGUGAGCAGUCCGGGACACGCCGUCCUCGACAGUGGAUGUGGCAAAACCAUCAUCGGAGAAAAGACCCUUCAGGCCUUCGCAGAGAUUUGGGAAACUCACAAGCUGCCAUCGCCGCUGGAGAAGAAGGAACAGAAUCGUUUUCGCUUCGGUAACGGGGAGCAAGAGACAAGCUCCCGUGUGGUGGAGAUGCCGGUGUUCUUGGCCAAUCGGCCUGGCUUUGUGACGGCAGCGGUUGUGCGAGGCGAUGCCCCGCUCCUUUUGUCUCGGCCCGCACUCAAGAAGUUGGGUGCCACAUUGGAUUUUGCUGGAGAUUCAUUGACAUUGUUUGAUGGCCAGUCGUCCCUUGCGCUGGAGACGAAUGCUGCUGGACAAUACACCGUCAACGUGUCGUGUUUUCCUGAGGAUGCUGCAGCCCUUUUUCCAAGCCGAGUCAAGCCGUCCGAGAAGCCUGAGCCACCACCGGCUGCAUGUAAGGGAUCAUUCGCCGUCUUCGAACGUCGGAUCGUGGGACGAGUGUGUUUGGCCGUUCACGAGGGUGAUAUGCAUGUAGAAUGCCUAGCCUCCCGCGCCAUAGAAGAGCUUGAACAAGAGAAUGAACAGAAGCUGCACGCCAGCCUUCGACAUCUCCAUGUGAACCUGGGUCACCCCACAAAUGCACAGAUGCUUCGAAUCCUCCGCCACGGUGGUGCGUCUGCGGGCGCUCUCGAAGAUGAAAAGAAGCUAGUUGAGACCCCCCAAAUGGAGUUCUUAGGUAUCAAGCAUUUGAUCGAGACCAACCAGUUGGCGAGUAGGCAGUUCAUAGACUUGGUGCCAGACUCAUACCCUAGCCAUCCAGAGGAAUCCGACCUGGCUCCACCGCCAGUUAGUGCCCCUGCAACACAAGAGCCCCAGUCCAUCUCUGAUCGUGUCUCGGUUCCGAUGCCACUUGAUGCUCCACAAACAGUUGUGCCCGAACCACCGCAAUCCGAGUUCGUAGAUAAGUCAUGGGUGCUUCCGGAGGAACCUCAGACCGAGCAGCCAAAGCCAGUGUCUGCCGAAUCUGAACUGGCAUAUGGGCCUGUUCGUCAGCCUCGUCGCCGGAUCCAUCAAAAGGAUGGUCCUAUGGCCUUGUACCGCCCGGGUCCCAUGCUGCAAGAGGAUUUCCAAGAAAUGAUGCAAGAAAUCGUUCCCGAACUGGUGAAUCAAGUCCUGUCAGAAGAAGCAGCCAGUGAUCCGAGCCAUGCCUCGUCCUCGGCGUCCCAGCCGUCUCGGGGUGUUAAACGAUCAAUCGACGGCGCUGAUGACACUACUGCCGAACCGGCAGAUAAGCGACCAGCCUUUGAUCCACCUGACGAGGCCUUGUUCGCUGAGCCGACUGGUCAGACUUUUGCUUGUGAUGAGAUGGCAGUUUGUUCAGUUGAGCUACUUGAUAAACACCUGGUUCCUCAAGCAUCGGAUUCCCUGUCCCUAGAGGACAAAAAGGCAUUGGUACGAUUGUUUCGAGAAGGUGCCCCUCAUGAGGUCAUGGUAGCUGCUUAUAUGAAGAAGAAGUCCUCGAAAGAAAUUCCUGCAUUUGGUAAUCCCCCUGAUAUCCAGAAGAAGGCCGAUGAAUGUGUCCGCCUGGUACGGCUGGCACGCAAGGCAGGAUGGUGGAAGUCCGUCUGGCAGCGGGUCGUGGAUUUGGACGACCUUGCCGAAGAUUUGUCAUGGGAGGCCGUGUCUCCUAAUGCCCUCGCUGGCUCGAUGACUGACGGCUCCAAGCGCCUCCGUGAUGAAGGCAGCACGUCGAAGAUGGUGACCUAUGCGCCUGCCGGAUCUGGCCAUGAUGUCAUGAAGAAUGUUCCCAUGCCCUCGACAGGGUACCCUGUUGGAGCUCCGAGUCCUUCAGUGGCACUCCCAGAUGGAGUACCUACCGUGGAACGGUGGGGUCAGACCCUUGUGAGUUUCGGGAAAUUUAAAGAUGCCAAGACAUAUGCAGAGCUUUUCGACUCCACGGAUGCAUCCAUUGCGUCCUAUCGGAACUAUUGUGUGUCCCACUUCAAGAGUGGAUCUCCGGGUCUGAAAGACCUUGUUUCGUACUUCAAGGCUUUGCUCGGACAUUUGGAACAGGAAGUCGCAGCACCCGAAGCCACUCGGCAUGCGGUGGAGCAGGUGGUAUCGGGAUGGCCACGAGGUGUAUAA